CCCUUCUGCAUCGAUCCUAUCCAAAGCAAUAUACCAACGCUGGCUCCCGAGAAAUCAAAAUAGGAAAAAAAAAAAAUCACCUUCUCUCUUCCUUUUCCCUCUCAUUCUCUCAUUCUCUCUUCUUCUCUUCCCUCUUCCUUCCUCCUCUUCCUCUCAUAACGUAGCAAGAUUUAAAAAAAAAUCCUUUAAAUAUACAUUCCAAAAAGAGAGAAAGAAAUAAUGGCGCCUCCUCAGUUCAAGGUCAUCAUUGCUGGUGGUGGCAUUGUUGGGUUGGCAUUAGGUGUGAUGCUUGAAAGGGCAGGUAUCGACUAUUUGAUCCUCGAAGCUGUCAAUGAGGUUCGUCCUCUGGGUGCAGUCCUCUAUGUGGGUCCGGCCGUCCUCCGAGCAUUUGAACAACUUGGACUACUAGAUGAUAUGGUUCGUCACUCCAAUAUUAUGACAGGUGUUACUUUGCUGGACCAAAAGUUGAACCAGAUCUGUCGUAUUGGCACAGCUUACGCUAGAGACAGAUAUGGCUAUGAUACUAUAACAAUUGUCCGACCCAAACUCUAUGACAUCCUGCUCUCCCGCAUUCCAGCUUACAAGAUUCUGUUUAACAAGCGUGUAAGGGCCACGGCUCAGAAUAGUGAGGGUGUUAAAGUUCGCUGUGAGGAUGGCUCAACAUACAAUGGUGACAUUCUUGUUGCCGCAGAUGGUGGAUCAUCAUCGAUUCGCAAGGCCAUCUAUGAAGAGAUCCGCAAACGCUCCAAGAAGGUGUCUCAUCCAGUAGAUUAUGCACGUCCCAAGCUGGAUCAGAGAUGCAUCGUCGGUGUCUCUGAACCAUUAUCCGUCAAACAGUAUCCAGUUCUUGCAUCAAAGAAUUGUGAGCUUAUGCUUAUCAUGCCCAAAGAUUCAAACUGCACGAUUUGGUUUGUCCCAAUGGCUGAAAGGCGCUUCGGUUGGGGCAUCACGUCGCCUCUACCCUGCACAGACCCUGAUGCUCAACCGACCUCAUCUUCAAAAUCAAAGAGCAACUUGGAGAACUACCCUACCUUUGAUUCAGAUUCAUUUGAAGCCCCUAAUUCGCCCUCAUCUAUCCACGAGGCGAGCCGAUCAUUCUCUGCUCUUUCAAAUACAUCCUACAGCCCACCUUCUAUAACCUCCUCAUCGUCUGGCCAACAGGUUUAUGGCGAAAACGACUACAAUUUCAGCACCAGUACCAACAAUGUUUCCAGCAUUAGCAAUAUUAACAAUAAUAACAAUAGUAUCAGUAGUGACAACCUCAACUCCAAUAAUUACUUCACACCCCAGUCUGUCAGAAAAAGACAGUCCUUCGGCCGACUCUCUAAGCAUUCGACCAGCUCCAAUGGAUCUCAGACAAGGUCGGAAUAUACCUCCGUAAUACAGCUAAAUGACUCUAGUGCACUCGACCUAAAAGAUCUUCCUCGAGACAGAAUAUGGGGUAAAUUAGAUGAACAGUACCAUAUCGAGGAGGCAAUCCGAGAACAGGCCAGUCCCUUCGGAGGCACACUCGGUGAUAUCAUUGACGCGACCUCAAGAAAAAUGAUCUCGAUGGUCGUUGUAGAAGAGAAAUUUUAUCAUACUUGGCAUUUUGGUCGCACAGUUCUCUUGGGUGAUGCAUGCCACAAAUUACUUCCAUCUUCAGGCCAUGCUACAACACAAGGCAUCUUGGACGCUAUCAGUCUUGCCUCGCUCUUGGCGGAGUUACCCAGCAACACUCCUAAUGAUAUCAAUGCUCUCUUCCGCGUUCAUUACCAGCGACGUGGACCAAGUGCAAAGGCAGCGGUUGUUGUAUCUCAACAACAAGCACAAAUGUUAUUUAAUAGAAAAUUGACGGGCAAGAUCAUGCGCAAGAUGGCUUCGAAUUGGAUCUCUGACUGGUUCAAAAUCAAGCUGACGGAUCGUCUAUUCGAGUCGCGUCCCAUGCUUCCAUACUUGAAACCUAUUCCUGAUCGUGGAUCGCACAAGGAUAAGGAUAAAUCUGUACCAUUAUUACAAGAUAAGCGGUUUGAGAUGGCUCGGAGGAAAUCUGUUUCAUCAGGGUACUUGAGUGCUACUUCUAUGAUCGGAGAAGGACGGGACGGAGGAUUUGGUGGGGAUGGUGUUGAGCUAGACUUUGCGAUGUCUCCCUUCUCAACAUCAAUGCCGUCGAUUGUUAUGCAGUCAUCACCGUUGCCACCCCCUGUAAGUGGAAUAAUAGAAGACGACAUGUAUGGUUCUUCCUCAAGGUCUGGUGAGAAGGAGGCGAUAAGCCGUUGGCGGUUGUACCGUAAUUAGAGAGAGAGCAACAUACGCAUAUUUAUGCACACAUAUAUUUCGCCAUAGAAUCAAUAACACUCCAUCCUUAGUAUAAAUUUAAAUAUCUGUGAACAAAAGAUUUUAGUAUUGUUUAAUUGCUUGCGAUGAACGUCAAGAUGGAAAGGGACGCAAGGAAGGGGAUGAUCUUGGCGGUAUUAC